AUGAAAAAUUUAACAAUAUUUAUCUUACUCUGUCUAAGCAUUUAGAUGUUUGUUUGUAAAAACGAAGCAUUUGAUAGAAAUUAAAGAAUUCUUAGGGAACUUGCUGAAACCCAAGACACUUGCUUAUAUGUCUUGCUAGAUGCCGGUUCAUCGAGCACCAAAAUUAGACUCUAUAAAUCAGUAUGCAGAAGAUCUUCUUAAAUUCCCUAACUUGAAGCUCUUACUAUCCCCAAAGAUAAGGAUGGAAAGGAUCUAUUUGCUGAUAAAAUAAAAGUAGGUGAUAAUAAAAAGAAUGCCCUUACUGAUGUGGUAUUAACUGAAACAGACUUCACUAACUAUUUCGAUGUAGCUUUUAAAAUAAUUAGUGACAUGAAAUAAUACUAUAAAUUCGAUAUUAAGCCUUUCUUGUUCUUGAGAGCUACUGCUGGCCUUAGGUUACUCCCAUAACAAUAAUAAGAACAAAUUUUGAAUCUUGUAAGAACAGUUUUUAGAAAAUAAGAUAGUUUCUAUUUCUUAGACGAUUCUUGGGUCAAAAUUAUCACUGGAGAAGAAGAAGGUUUAUUCUUAUGGCUUUCAGUUAACUAUGCCUACUAGAAAAUUAAACACCAAAAUAUUUAGUAAUUUGAUGUAUCUAAAACUAUUGCUGUUAUUGAUAUUGGCGGUGCUUCUGCUUAAACUGCAUUUUACAGCAAUUCUAACAAUAAACUCAUUGAUUUACCUGAAAAAACUAGAGUUUAAAUUUAUUCUAACACAAUUUUGGGAUAUGGAAACGAUCAAAUAAUUGCAUCUGUAUUAGGAACCCCAGAUUUCGCAAGCUGCUUCUAAAAAACUGAUGGAUUUACUCAUACACUCAAAGAUUAGAAUAAAAAUGAUGUCGUAGUAAGUGGUGACUAUGAUUUUGUAAAAUGCACAAAUGCUAUGUUAACUUUAUUGAAAAUUACUGACUGUCAAUACAAAAAUGAUGACUCAGUAGUAGAUUGCAGUGCUUCUUCUUAAUUAAAAAAACUUACUGGUCAAAAAUAAAUAAUUGGAGCUAGCUCUGUUUUUUAUGCUAAAUAAGAAUUGUAUAAAAAGCUUAACAAAGAAGGUGAUACUUUCAUAUUAAAAGACUUUAGAGAAUUAGCUAAAUAGUAUUGUUAAUUAACUCUAACAUAGGAUUAAUUUAAGGCUAACGAUAGGACAUUUACUAGUUGUAUAUAAAUGAUGUGGGUUAGUACAUUUUUGAUAGAUGGUUUAGGACUUUUAAAUGACUAAGUGACUACACUUUAGUAAUAUAAUUCCUAUAAUAUAGAUUGGUCUAUCGGGUCUUUGAUUUAUGACAUUAAUGCAUUGUAAUGUGAUUACCUUGAUAUGAAUUAAUGCAGUAAUAAAAUAGAAAUAACUGAUGUCAAUAAGGAUUAAUAAAAUAACACUUUUAGUAGUUCUUUAAUAAUUAAUUCAUAUUUCUCAAUAAUUGCUCUAUUAAUUAUUAAAUUAUUUAUUUGA